UGACUUCAAUUUGUACAGACUGUUACGUACAAUCACCUCUCUUUUAAGGAAUGGCAAUGAGUGGAUUGUUGUUGUGCGGCCUCAUGGCAGCGCUAGUGGGGUUUGGUUUGACAUCGCCCGUAUCCAAGUCGGAUGGCAACACCAAACAGGGUGGGAUACUGCCACAGCUACUGGCCAGGAGGGAGGCAGUGAGGAAUAGUGCAGAGAACGUCGCUAGGCGGAAUAAAGACAGUCAGAUGAGCAUGGCACGGAUGGCGCACCUGUCGGAGGACCAGCGCGAGUUCAUGUCCAAGCAAAUCAUGCAGGCCAUCUCAGAGAUGAUGAACGAGUGUCCGGACCGGGACUACCAAGGAUGGGUAGACUUUGGACGGCGGAGUGCAGAGUAGAGACGUACUACAAGCCAACUGAGGAACGUCUGCCUGCACUGGCUUUACUCAGGAAUCCAUCCCUAUUUAAAAUAUAUUGUAUAUUUUCAUUGGCUUAUGUCAUUUGACUUUUGCUUUUAAUCCAAGUGUCAUAAUAAACAUGUUUGCAGUA